AUGGGCCGUCGGGGAGAUCUCGCGGGGGCCUUGGCAGCGCUGGUGCUGGCUGCAACGUUGGCGGCUGCACAGCCUCCUGGAGGGGAAGAAAGCCCCGUCAAGUUCGGGCCCGUUCCGUCGCUUUCGCCGCAGGACGCGCCGUACGAGCCGCGGGAAGUGCUGCGCUCUGUGGAGAGGCCGCAUCAGCUGCUUGGCAUCGUGCUGGCUGCGCUGGUGGUGCUAAUCGCCUCAGGAGCCAAGACCGGUGGCGGCGCCGUUCUAGACGCCGUCUUCAUUUUGGUGCUGAAGCUCGGCCCAGAUGAGGCUAUCCCACUGGCUAGUAUCACCAUUUUUGGCGGAGCUGUUUGUGACUUCUUGUUGAACCUUUGGAAGAAGCCGAUUAACUCCAACUUCUCGCUGAUCAACUGGGACUUCAUCUUGAUGAUGCAGCCUAUGCUACUCAGUAAGUUUGUGGGCGGUGUGCGACCUGGUCUGUCAUCUGGCAUGCGUAUUAAGUGGGUGUGGUUUUAUCGUGCAGUGGGGGCUGGCUUUGGAGCGUCGUUGAUUUCGUGGUUCUCUACUUGGCUGCUUAUCAUUGCGCUCAUCGUGUACUUGGGGUACAUCGGCAAGAAGGCAUUUAAGAAGGCUCGUGCCGUGGGACACGAAGAGGGGUGGCGGUGGUGCAGCAGCGGCGAAUCAAUGUCGCUACUUGGUGCACCGUCCACAAGCUUUCAGGACGACGAUGGCGGGUUCCUGUACAAGGCUGGCCUUCUAUGGCGCAAGCUGGGUAUGAACUUUGGUCUUUUUGCCGCCACUGUGCUGCUCACGUCGCUCCAAGGAGGAAAGUACUUCCCCAGCCCUCUCGGAAUCCCGCCGACCUCGUUCUUCUUCCUGCUCGUGUCGAUGCUGCCCUUCAUCUUUCUGUCGGUCGUCUCGCACUACCAGAUGAAGGAUGUCGUGGCCACAUACCAGCGACAGCAAAACCCGCGAUUCAUCCUCGCUCCGAAUGAAGUCCAGGCAGAAAAACAACAACUAACCACCGUUUUGUUUGCACAGUGGUCACCUGAGUCAAUCCGGAAGCUGCCUCUCCACCUACUAGGCAUUGGCGCGGUUGGAGGAGCGUUCGGCGUGGGUGGAGAAGGCGCAACGUCGCGCUUGUUGCGCGGGGUCAACUUCACUCCAGCGGCAGUGUCCGCUAUGUCCGCCACGGUUGUAUUCUUUGUGAGCGGCAUGGCGUCCUUCAACUUCUUCCUGUGGGGCAAGCUGGACCUGAAUCUCGCCAGGCUCAUGAUGCCUUUGGGCUUCGUGAUGACGCUGCUGGGUCGUCUGUGUCUGAUCAAAAUCGUGCGCAAGGCCAAGUCCCGCACUCUGUUACUCUUCGCCAUUGCCGCGGCGAUGUUCAUCAGCAUUGUGCCGCUCAGCUUCAUGGUACUCCGCGCUCUGUUCGGCAUCUAG